UUUCCUUUCUUUCAAUUUCAAAAUUGUAAAAAAGCUCCGAGGUCGCGAGGGUUUAGCAAAAAUGGAAACUGCAAAAGACACCGUACACCACGACGUCGUUUUAGAGGCCGACGGCGACGACGAUACGCCGGCGCUAAGCUCUCACGCACUAGAAGCACUUAAAGAGUUCCUCGCGGAACAGAACGGAGCACUAGCGGAAGCUUCGUCAGCUGCGGCGGUGGAGCAACAGGCGGAGGAUGACGUGGCGCUUGUGACGGAGGAUUGGCGGCUCAGCCAGUUCUGGUACGACCGCGAAACAGCUGAAACUGUCGCCGCUGAAGUCCUCGCUCUUUGCCGGUCGAUUGAUUCGCCGGCGGUUGCUUGCAUUGCUUGCCCCACGCUUUACGCUUACCUCAAGGUAAGGUAUUUCAAGCUUUAUUAUUUCAAUUCUACUCUUACAGCGCAAAAUAUCUUGCUUAUAGUUUUUUUCACAGUAAGUAAAACCGAUAAAGCACAGUAA